AAGGUGUGAAUAUUUUCUUCUCUUCCCUUCUCUUUGGAGGUGUCUGCUUUUAAGGAAGAUAUGUUGUUUCAGAAGAUCCAGAGAGAGAAUCGUGAAAUUUAUUUCAUUUAUUCAGUCCAUGGAAUUGUAAUAUACUUCUUCAAGGCAGCAAAUUUCCACAAAGUUGUGUGAUGGAUAUAGCAGUGAAUCUCUGUGCCUGGAAACCUCACAUUGUGGAUUAGUCUGCUAUCAAUUCCAUUUCAGGGACAGGAUUGGAUGUGAUGGAUUUAUCUUCAGAUAUGAGUAGGCAUGGAAGAAAUCCAUUCAGUCACAAGCUGGAAGAUCAGAAGAAGAUAUACACUGACUGGGCUAAUCAUUAUCUAGCAAAAUCUGGCCACAAACGGCUGAUCAAAGAUUUGCAGCAGGACAUUGCAGAUGGAGUUCUACUAGCAGAAAUCAUUCAGAUUAUUGCAAAUGAAAAAGUUGAAGAUAUCAAUGGUUGUCCUCGAAGCCAAUCUCAAAUGAUUGAGAAUGUUGAUGUCUGCCUUAGCUUUCUGGCAGCCAGAGGAGUAAAUGUCCAAGGUCUUUCUGCUGAAGAAAUAAGAAAUGGAAAUUUGAAAGCCAUUUUAGGACUGUUUUUCAGUUUGUCUCGUUAUAAACAGCAGCAGCACCAACAACAGCAGUACUAUCAGUCCUUGGUAGAGCUACAGCAACACAUCUCUCAUUCUCUGAAUCCUCCUGAAAGUGGCCAAUCCAAAACUCAGCAAGAUAUGCAGUCCAGUCUGACAGCCAGAUAUACAACUCAGUCUAAUCACAGUGGAAUUGCAACCAGUCAAAAAAAGCUUUCUAGGCUUCCUGGGCCUUCAAGGGUGCCAGCUGCAGGCAGCAGUACCAAAGUCCAGGGAGCUUCCAAUUUAAAUCGAAGAAGUCAGAGCUUUAAUAGCAUUGACAAAAACAAACCUCCGCAAUAUGCAAAUGGAAAUGAAAAAGAAUCACCCAAAGGUCCUCACCCAUCUGCAGGUAUAAAUGGAAAUGUACAGCAUCCCACCACCACUGGGCAGCAGCCGGUCUCUGCCAUCUCCUCUCCAAGUGCCAGCAAGCCUUGGCGCAGCAAAUCAAUGAAUGUGAAACACAGUGCCACCUCUACCAUGCUGUCUGUGAAGCAGCAGAGCCCUGCAACCUCACCUACACCAACUGCAGACAGGCUUAAACCACCUCUUUCUGAAGCUCCCAAAACACCAUCCUCUGGACAGAAAUCUAUGUUAGAGAAAUUCAAACUGGUUAACACUCGGACUGUUUUACGGCCCCCUUUGUCAUCAUCAAAUUCAGGCCCAGCUGACAGUGGAAAAGAUGAUGAAGCUUUUUUAGAGUGUGGCGAAGUGGAUGGCUUCAGUGGUGGGCUCAGUACUGCUGGAUCUACCACCAACAGCCCCAAAAUAUCCCCUAAAUUAACUCCUCCGAAAGCUGGAAGCAAAAAUAUCAGCAAUAAAAAGUCUUUGCUGCAGCCAAAGGAUAAAGAAGAAAAGAGCAAAGAUAAAAAUAAAGUUUGCACUGAAAAGGUGAUAAAGGAUGAAAAGGAACAAAUGCCUGAGACACCGACCAAAAAGACCUCAAAAAUUGCAAGCUUGAUUCCCAAGGGGAGCAAAGCAACUUCAGCCAAGAAAGAAAGUUUAAUUCCUUCAUCUAGUGGUAUACCAAAACCUGGUUCAAAAGUACCUACAUCAAAGCAGAGUAGUUCAAUAGUAUCUUCAGGAAGUAAAGAGGCAGAAAAACUGAGGAAUACAAAAGGAAACCACCCAUCUACGGCAAAAUCCCAAGGGAAUGAGAAAAGCUAUGUUCCUUCCAGUCUCUCAGCUUCUGAAGGAAAGGAGGCCAGUACACCAUUUUCUUCUCCUUCAAUGCCUUCAGCCAGUGGGCAAGUCCCGGGAAGUGGUGUUGUCCAACUUCCUCAGCAGCAACAAUACAGCCAUCCAAAUACAGCUACUGUAGCACCAUUUAUUUAUAGAACUCAUUCGGAAAAUGAUAGUUCUUCUAUCCCAUCUUCUGACUCUUGUAUCAGUCCUACAAAAUUGGAUUUGGCAUACAGUAAAACUGCCAAGCAAUGUCUAGAGGAAAUAUCUGGAGAAGAUCCUGAAACAAGAAGAAUGAGAACUGUAAAGAAUAUAGCUGAUCUGAGACAGAACUUGGAAGAAACUAUGUCCAGUCUUAGAGGAACUCAAAUAAGCCACAGCACACUGGAAACAACAUUUGACAGUACUGUGACAACUGAAGUGAAUGGACGAAGCAUUCCUGGCUUAACAAGCCGAUCUUCUCCAGUGACCUGGAGGCUUGGACAAGCUAGUCCUCGACUCCAGGCAGGUGAUGCUCCUUCCCUGGGUGGAGGGUACCCUCGCAGUGGUGCUAGUCGCUUCAUCCAUACUGACCCUUCUCGAUUCAUGUACACCACACCUCUUCGUCGUGCAGCCAUCUCUCGUCUUGGGAACAUCCCCCAAAUUGACAUGGGUGAAAAAGGAAAUAGUGACCUGGACAUUUCCUCUGAUGUUGAUGUUGGAGGGUACAUGAGUGAUGGGGACAUUCUUGGGAAGAGCCUUCGAGCUGAUGACAUCAACAGUGGUUACAUGACUGAUGGAGGGCUCAAUCUAUACACAAGAAGCUUGAAUCGAAUUCCUGACAUAGCUGCCUCUCGAGAUGUCAUUCAAAGAGGAAUUCAUGAUGUGACAGUGGAUGCAGACAGUUGGGAUGAUAGCAGUUCUGUUAGCAGUGGCCUCAGUGAUACUUUGGAUAACAUCAGCACAGAUGACCUCAAUACUACAUCAUCGGUCAGUUCUUAUUCUAACAGUACUGCUUCUUCAAGAAAGAAUAUACCUACCCAUAUGAAGACAGAUUCUGAAAAACGUUCAGUAACUGAUGGAGAACCUUGGGGAAGCAGUGAAGAAUUAAAGAAGCCAGAGGAAGAUCUUGAGAGCAAUCUUGACAACAGUGGCAAGUGGAGGAGCCAUCCUCCUGGAUUGCUUGAGGAGGCUGAGAAAGGAGGGCAAAAAACUCCUCUUCCUAUUUCUCAGACAGGCUCUUGGAGAAGAGGCAUGACUGCACAAGUGGGAGCAACAUCAUCUAGGCACAAAGCUGGAGGAAGUACUAUCAAGACACCUGGAAAAACAGAUGAUGCCAAAGCUUCUGAAAAAGUAAAAACUCCCCUGAAAGGAGCUUCCAUCCAGCGUUCCCCUUCAGAUGCAGGAAAAAGCAGUGGAGAUGAAGGGAAAAAACCUCCUUCUGGAAUUGGUCGAUCAACAGCCACAGGUUCCUUUGGUUUCAAGAAAACUGGAGUCAGCUCUUCAACAAUAAUCACUGCAAGUGGAGCAACCAUAACAAGUGGCUCGGCAACUUUGGGGAAGAUGCCUAAAUCGGCAGCCAUUGGUGGAAAAUCAAAUGCAGGGAGAAAGACCAGUCUAGAUGGUUCUCAGAAUCAAGAAGAUGGUGUCUUACAUAUGAGUUCAAAGACCACUUUGCAGUAUCGAAGUUUACCACGUCCUUCAAAAUCAAGCACAAGUGGGAUUCCUGGCCGAGGUGGACACAGAUCUAGCACCAGCAGCAUUGACUCUAAUGUCAGCAGCAAGUCUGCUGGUGCUGCUGCCACUAACAAAUUGAGGGAACCUACAAAGAUUGGCUCAGGACGAUCUAGUCCUGUAACAAUCAACCAGACGGACAAAGAAAAAGAAAAAGUGGCAAUAUCUGAUUCUGAGAGUGUAUCCUUGUCUGGUUCUCCCAAAUCAAGUCCAACUUCAGCUAGUGCAUGUGGAACACCAAGUCUCAGACAGCCAGGUUCAAAAUACCCAGAUAUUGCCUCACCUACAUUUAGAAGGUUGUUUGGCGCCAAAGCCAGUGGCAAAGCUGCCACUGCACCAAAUACAGAAGGCGCAAAAUCUACAUCUGCCAUGCCCAGCCCUAGUACCACAUUAGCUCGGCAAGGCAGUCUGGAAUCUCCAUCUUCAGGUACAGGUAGCAUGGGCAGUGCAGGUGGGCAGAGUGGAAGCAGUAGCCCCCUCUUCAAUAAGCCCUCGGACUUAAAUACAGAUGUUGUAGGCCUAAGUCACUCCUUGGCUUCAAGUCCAGCCUCAGCCCAUUCUUUCACAUCAGGUGGUCUUGUGUGGGCUGCAAAUCUGAGUAGUUCUUCUGCUGGUAGUAAGGAUACACCAAGUUACCAGUCGAUGACUAGCCUUCACACCAGCUCUGAAUCUAUUGAUCUCCCUCUUAGUCAUCAUGGCUCCCUCUCUGGAUUGACCACAAGCACUCAAGAUGUUCAGAGCCUGCUUAUGAGGACUGGAAGUGUCAGAUCUACUCUUUCAGAAAGCAUGCAGCUUGACAGAAAUACACUGCCCAAAAAGGGAUUAAGGUAUACUCCAUCUUCUCGCCAGGCUGGUCAAGAGGAAGGGAAAGAGUGGCUGCGUUCACAUUCUACUGGAGGGCUCCAAGACACUGGAAAUCAGUCUCCCCUGGUGUCACCUACAGUUAUGUCUUCCUCUGCAACUGGCAAAUAUUUCUCUAAUUUAGUAAGUCCAACAAAUUUAUCCCAGUUCAAACUUCCUGGACCUAGUAUGAUGAGAUCAAACAGCAACCCUGCACAAGAUUCUUCAUUUGAUCUCUAUGAUGAUUCUCAGUUGUGUGGUAGUGCUACAUCCUUAGAGGACAGACCACGUGCAAUUAGUCAUUCCGGUUCAUUCAGAGAUAGCAUGGAAGAAGUACAUGGAUCCUCAUUAUCACUAGUUUCCAGCACUUCUUCUCUUUAUUCCACAGCUGAAGAAAAGGCACAUUCAGAGCAAAUUCAUAAAUUACGACGGGAACUGGUUGCAUCUCAGGAAAAAGUGGCCACCCUAACAUCACAAUUGUCAGCAAAUGCCCAUCUUGUAGCUGCAUUUGAAAAAAGCUUAGGAAAUAUGACAGGCCGGUUACAAAGCCUAACAAUGACGGCUGAACAAAAGGAAUCAGAACUCAUAGAACUGCGGGAAACCAUUGAAAUGCUGAAAGCUCAGAACUCGGCUGCACAGGCUGCUAUUCAAGGAGCUCUGAAUGGUCAUGACCACACUCAGAGAGGUGAACUCUAGAGGAAGUGAGCUAAGGAGUUCAUUCAAACAAGCUUUUGGGAAGAAGAAGUCAUCAAAACCUCCUUCCUCCCAUUCUGACAUAGAAGAAGUCACAGAUUCAUCUCUUCCAUCCUCACCUAAAUUACCUCAUGGCUCCGGAGACUGUGGAUCUACUUCAAUCAGGCCAUCCCAAUCAACUUCACUGAUUUGUGAAUGCACAGAAGCAGAGGCAGAAAUAAUUCUGCAGCUAAAAAAUGAGCUCAGGGAGAAAGAGCUCAAGCUUACAGAUAUUCGUCUUGAAGCGCUCAGCUCUGCCCAUCAUCUUGACCAAAUUCGGGAAGCUAUGAACCGCAUGCAGAAUGAAAUUGAGAUUUUGAAAGCUGAGAAUGAUCGUUUGAAGGCUGAGACUGGAAGCACUAGCAAACCUAUCAGGCCAUGUUCAGAGUCCUCCAGCAGCACAUCUUCUUCCUCUUCACGACAAUCUCUAGGUCUCUCUCUGAAUAACUUAAACAUCACAGAUUCAGUUACAUCUGAUAUUUUACUGGAAGAUGUUGCAGAUGGAACUCUCCAUAAAGAAGGCCAGAAUGUUAAGAUUAUUGUCACAAUAAACAAGGGCUACGGUCGAUCAAAGGACCAAAGAAUACAGGCAUAUUUGAUAGGUUCUAUCAGGGUCAGUGGUAAAACAAAAUGGGAUGUAUUAGACGGUGUAAUUAGACGACUCUUUAAGGAAUAUAUUUUCCGAGUAGACCCAGCUACUAGUCUUGGUUUGAGCUCAGAUUGUAUAGCUAAUUAUUGCGUAGGUGAUAUAAUUAGAGCCCAUAACCAAGAAGUGCCUGAAUUGCUACCUUGUGGAUAUCUGGUUGGAGAUAAUAACAUAAUCACAGUGAAUCUUAAAGGAGUAGAAGAAAAUAGUUUGGAUAGCUUUGUGUUUGAUACAUUAAUUCCUAAACCAAUUAGUCAACGGUACUUUAAUUUACUGAUGGAACAUCACAGGAUUAUCCUAUCAGGACCUAGUGGCACUGGAAAGACCUAUUUAGCCAACAAGCUUGCUGAAUAUCUGAUAACUAAAUCUGGCCGGAAAAAAAUGGAAGAUGCCAUUAUUACUUUUACUGUUGAUCAUAAAUCAAGCAAGGAUGUUCAACAAUAUCUUGUUAAUUUGGCUGAACAGUGCAAUGCUGAUAACAGUAGUUCUGACCUUCCUGUGGUAAUAAUUCUUGACAACCUGCACCAUGUUGGUUCUUUGAGUGACAUCUUCAAUGGUUUCCUUAACUGUAAAUAUAACAAAUGUCCCUAUAUUAUUGGAACAAUGAACCAGGGAAUUUCAUCAUCACCUAAUCUAGAACUGCAUCAAAACUUCAGAUGGGUGCUGUGUGCUAAUCACACAGAACCUAUUAAAGGGCUGUUAUCCAGAUAUUUAAGAAGGAAACUGAUUGAAACAGAGCUGGAGAAGAAUACCCGCAAUAAUGAUCUCAUCAAAAUUAUUGACUGGAUCCCCAAGAUAUGGCAUCAUCUCAACAGCUUCUUAGAAACACACAGUUCUUCUGAUAUAACCAUUGGUCCUCGCCUUUUUCUACCUUGUCCUAUUGAUGUUGAUGGUUCUAGAGUGUGGUUUACUGAUCUCUGGAAUUAUUCUUUGGUGCCAUAUAUAAUGGAAGCUGUGAGAGAAGGACUUCAGAUGUAUGGUAAACGUGCACCUUGGGAAGACCCCUCAAAGUGGAUAGCAGAGACUUGUCCUUGGAGUUCACUGCAACAUGACUGGUCAUCAUUACUUCAGUUAAGACCUGAAGAUGUUGGUUAUGAAGGUUAUGCAUCUGCCAAAGAAGGAACCACUUCAAAGCACAUUCCACAGAUGGAGUCAGAAGGAGAUCCUUUGAUGAACAUGUUAUUGAGGCUCAAAGAAGCUGCCACUUACGCAAGUACCCAGAGCUGUGACAGUGAUACUGCCAGCCACCAUGAUGAUAUGCUGGACCCUUCACUUGAAUCAACACUCUAAAGGGGGCAUGACUUUGGUUAGAAGAUGCUGAUAAACCCAUAACACGUAUUAAGGGCUGCUGAGGUGGUGUGUAUCUGUGCUGAAAUAGCAUGUGUGUGCUGUGUCAUAUAUGGAGGCACCUGAUUUAAGCAGUAAAGCAAAUCAGAAAUGAAAGUUGGAUUUGUUCAGUUUCAAGUGGAAAGAAUCUUUAACAGGGAGGCUAUGAAGCAGAUUGCACACAUUGUAGUCAAACUGGAAUCACUUAGAGUCUUUUAUUUUCUAUCCCUGUCUUGAAAGUUUACAGUGGAAGCAUUUUAUGUGAUACUUCAAUAUACUGGGAGGUGCUGCAUUCAUAGUUCUCCUGCUCCUCUUCCUCCUCCUCCUCUUCCUCCUCUAACCUCUGUGGUGCCUCACAGCACAUAUUCCAGAUUAUAUUCUGCUGUCCUUUCCAAAAUGAGGUGGAUGCGAAAUAAAAUAUAAAGAAUGAGAGGGCGUAUAGACUCAAUAAGCACAAAACAGUAUUGUGCAAUUACCUUAUACAAACAAUACUGUGAUAUGCUGGAUAAGUGCCAAUUAGAUACUAAACUGCCAUAUUUGCAGUGAUGUGGUUCACCAAGUUUUCUGUUUGUGUGUGUGUGUGUGUGUGUGUGUGUGUAUUGAAAAAAAGUCAUCUGUUUUUAUAUCCAAAUUGUUUUUAACCACAGUGGUAUUUUUAAAACACCUGCCCACCUCUUAAGGUUGUUGCUGUUGUUGUUAGGCAAUUCUGAUGCUGACUAAAGGUUCUGGUUAGGACUUUGUUUUGAGUCUUUUGGGAGGGGGGAAAAGAGAUCAUUUCCUAUGGUGCUGUCUCACUGCCUUAAAACCGAUUUCUAGACAAUGUUUCUACACUUGGUUUAAUUUGUUUAAACCAUUGGUUAUUUACACUGUUUCCUUUCUUCAUUUUACUAAUGAGAGAGCAUCAGUGAACACAGUAGCCUUGUGUUUAUAUAUCAAGUUUUUUUAAUUAGGUUGCUAGAAGAAUGAAUUAUUAAUAUAGAUAUAGAUAUAUUAUUUUUAAUCUUCUGUGAAUCAAUGACCUACCAUCCUAAACCAUUCAAAUGACCCAGAAGCUACUCCUAGUUAAUGAAUUAAAACAAUACAAAAAAAGUCCAACAUAGUUAUUUCUAUCCCAUUAGGAAAAGAACUUAAUUAAGACAGAAACAGAAAUGUGUGACAUUUUAUCCAGCAGAGCUGGGUGUGCACCUGAGUUAGCAUGAGCACAAAUCAUUCUUGGUUUUCGUCCCUUCUCUUUCUUCCCCCAUUUGGAGCAUGAUAUUUUAAUUGCAGUAGUUGUACAUGAAGAAAGUCAGCAUUACAAAAACACUGGCACAGUACUAUUCACUGUGCAAGACACAAAUGUUUUUACUGUAAGAGGGGAAAGUGGGGGGUGGGUGAUUUUGCACAGUUUAUUGGGAGGGUAUUGUAAAUACUGAAAAUAAAAAAAAGUGUUGCACAAAUGAAAGCAAACAAAACAGUGACAGCAGCAAAAAUACAAACAUAUACUUUAUUCUAUUGAUGUGAAGAAAUGUUUCAUUUAUGGAGAAUACCCAUACAUUGUAAACAAAGCAAGAGGGCAAUCAGUACUAUCUGGUUUUUUUUUUAAGACAGAUAAAUCAGGUAUGUUUGUCCUGUAUUUAGAACUGCCAUCACAAGUCCUGAGCUAUCCUUGCUACAAUGAACAUUUGCAUUCUUUAAACUAAUCUAACUGAAGAAAAAAAUAGACGUUAUCUAUCCUGGCAGGAUACACCAAAAACCCAAUCAGAGUAAUUGGAGAUAUUGGUUAAAAUUAACAUAAAAUAUCUAAGGGCUAUAGCAUUCUAUAGGCACAUACUUCAACCCUUAUCUUGAAAGGGCUCAUGUGGAGCACGUCUACUCAUAACCAUAGGACAUGUGCCAAUGAAAUACUUUCAGGAUACACAUAGCCAAUGGAUAACUUCAGGACAUGUACGUGGUGCUACUAACUCCAGCAACAAUAUAUUUUGCAAAACAAAUAUCAAAGGAAUCAAUGCAAUUUUCCUGCUUGCAUCAGCCGCAGGUCUCCUGCAUGGUGCUAUUGCCCUAAUAAGAAAGUCUGCUUUUAUGCACAAAAAAUGUAUUCAGAUUGAUUUUCAGCAGCAAAUAUUAGCUGACUGUCUCAUACUGUUAAGCAACAUGCCACUCUGGAAAAUGACUAAAACAAAAGCUGCUCCUUAAGAUUGAUGUAGUCUAAAACAACAUCUAAGCCCAGGAACUCCUGCCAUUUUCAAUACACAUACACACAUCCUAUAUGUAUAUACUACAUAAUACAAUUUUCCCUGCAAUACAUUUCAGUGAAUCCACCUAGUUUAAAACUUUAACAAAUUUGUUUGUGAAGCAUUUGUCUGUAUACAUUUUAUAUUUUGUACAUUUUUAAUGUAACAUAUUGUGUAAAUAGACAGAAACAGUGAGAUAAAUCAUCUGAAAAGUUUUGUAGUCUUUGUAAAGCUCUAAUAAUAAGUAUUUGGUGUCAUCAGACCUAACUGGAUGAUGUAUUUUAUAUUGAUUUAUUGUUAUUCUAGCUUGUAAACCAGCUUGCAUAUAUUUUUUGCAGGUGUGCACACUGUAUCUGUCUAAAUUAUUACUUUGCCAUUAAAGUGGAAUUAUUUAUUGACAACUGAGUCUGCUGUUUUUAAACUCCAGAGGAAAUCAGCCUUUAAUUCCAUUGUUAGGUGUAGACUAUGGGAAUAGCUUGAGAAAACC